AUGUGCCGCCUGGCGUUGCGCGCUACGUCGUACAGGGGCCGUGAGAUACAGGUCAUGGCGGAGUCGAGCAUGUUGCUGGAAGCGGGGCAGGAGCUGACGGUGGCGGUGAAGCCCGCCGACUAUUCGAGGUACCUGGCCGACACGGAUUUUCCAGUCUCGGCGAUCGUGCACUGCGUGGGGGUCGAAAAUGCUAGCAUGUGGGUGGACGAGGUCGUGGAUUCUGUUGGGGCCCCCGAGCUUGCGAUCACGGUGCCGACAGCGAGGCCGUUCUCGGGCCCCGUCACGGUUCGCUGGAAGAACCCGCUGCCCGUGACCUUGACGGGUUGCCGGUUGGAGAUUGCGGCAGCCGGAGUCCUCUUGGAAUCGAGAGAGGUUGGUGAUCUUGCCAGCGGGGUCGAGCUGAGCGAGGCGGUGGCGUUGAAGGAGCCGGAUGCCACCAAGACAUGGGCGAACGGGCACAUGCAGGUGGUCGCCACCUUCACGAGCAAGGAGCUGAAAGACGUGGUCGGCUGCGCCGACAUCAAGAUGGAGUGA